AUGGCGAGUUGCUCCUUGGUUCCAGACCGAGUGAGGAGACUGAGAACUGCACCAGGGACUACAACAGCAGCUCUAGCUGCGGUGGCGACCACCCCACUUCUUUCCUUGGGAACCCCAACCGCACUCAUUGGGACCGGGUUGUCUUGUCCGGGAGCCAUGUGGCUCUCCACUACCACUGGCUCCCGGUCACACUCCGAGUCCGAUGAGGAGGACCUUCCCGUAGGCGAGGAAGUCUGUAAACGUGGGUACCUGCGGAAGCAGAAGCAUGGGCACAGGCGCUACUUCGUACUCAAACUCGAGACCGCAGAUGCCCCAGCUCGGCUGGAAUACUAUGAAAAUGCCAGGAAGUUCCGGCACAGUGUCCGCACAGCGGCGGCUGCAGCACCAGCGUCAGCCUCGGGUGCUGUGGUCCCCCCGCCCAUCCCACCUCGGCGCGUGAUCACCCUGUACCAGUGCUUCUCGGUGAGCCAGCGAGCGGAUGCAAGGUACCAACACCUCAUCGCUCUUUUCACCCAGGACGAGUACUUUGCUAUGGUAGCCGAGAACGAGUCAGAGCAAGAGAGCUGGUACUUGCUGCUCAGCCGCCUCAUCCUCCAGAGCAAACGCUGCUACUAUGGCAUGCCCAGCGUGCAGCCAGGUAGAGAGCCCGCGGUGCUGGCCGCCACAGCGGUUGUGGAGCCACCCUUCUACAAAGAUGUGUGGCAAGUAAUAGUCAAACCCAGGGGGCUGGGGCAUAGAAAAGAGCUGAGCGGCGUGUUCCGACUCUGUCUUACUGAUGAGGAGGUUGUGUUUGUGAGGCUGAAUACCGAAGUGGCGAGCGUGGUUGUCCAGCUCCUGAGCAUCCGUCGCUGCGGGCACUCCGAACAGUAUUUCUUCUUAGAAGUAGGCAGGUCCACAGUAAUCGGUCCGGGGGAACUCUGGAUGCAGGUUGAUGACUGUGUAGUGGCUCAAAACAUGCAUGAGCUCUUUUUGGAGAAGAUGAGAGCCUUAUGUGCAGAUGAAUACAGAGCCCGCUGCCGCACCUACAGCGUCAGCAUCAGGGCCCACCUGUUAACCCUGCUGUCCACUAGUAGGCAUCUGGACAUGAUGCCACUCGAACCUGGCGGCUGGCUCAGAAGGUCCCGCUUUAAGCAGUUUUGCCACCUCAGGGCCAUGGGUGAUGGGGAAGAUGAGAUGAUCCUCACCAGGCGCUACAUAACACCCCGUGAGCCUAUGCCCCACUCCAGGCAAAGAAAACUGCACCUGGCCAGACCGUGCAGGUCCAGAAGACCGAUUUCAGUGCCAGCCAGGUUUUUUUGGCCCCUAUCACCCAGUCCCGUGCUUGCCCUGCAGCCCACAGAAGCCCCCAGCGACAGAGCUUGCCUGUUUUCUAAAGCAUCUGGUUCUGGUUCUGGCAGUUCUGUGGGAAAAGGCAAUCCUCAAGGCCAAGAGGGUCAGGAAGGAAACACAGGCAACUACAUGCCCAUGAGCAACUGGGGCUCAAGAGUUGGCCAGGGGUCAGGAGGAAACCAGUGCUUAGGCAGGGGGCAGGGCUCUGGAGGUGGCCAGGGCUCAGGUGGUAGUCAAAUUUCAAGUAGCAAAGGCUCAGGGGGCCAGGGUACAGGAGGAAACCAGUGCUCAGGAGAUGGCCAAGGCCCCACAGGUGGGCACAGUUCAGGCAGUGGCCAGGGAGCCAGUGGUGGGCAUGGCUCAGGCAGUGGCCAGGGACCAGGAGAUGGCCAUGGAUCAGGUGGUGGCAUGAAGUCUGGAGGGGGCAAAAGCUCAGGAAGUGGGAAAGGCUCUGAUGGCAAUGUUGAAUGUAAAAAAUCUCUGAAGAAACUAUCUUAUUUGGGCAAAAUUAUUCAAAACAAGCAACAGCAAAUGCCACCACCUCCACCACCUCCACCUCCAUCUCCAUCCCAGCCAUCUGGAGCAACUGGUGGAAAAGGGAAAUCUGGGGGAAGAUUCCAAGUUUACUCUUGUACUGACAGAGCAGUUGCAAAAGAACGCAAAGUAGCCAAAGAAGUCAAAUAUGCAGAGACUCCAGAAGGUGCAGCUUGUGGCCCCCAGAGAGCCAGAACUUCUGUUGAAGAUGAGGAAGACCCGUAUGUGCCAAUGAGGCCUGGGGUGGCUGCCCCUCUUGAAAGCUUUAGUGAUUAUAUGCCAAUGGCUCCUCAAAAUGUUUUUACUUCAAGAAAGUGCCAGUCUCAACCCUCUUUUGAAGAUUCAAGAGGGUACAUGAUGAUGUUUCCCAGAGUAAUCCCACCACCUGCCUCACGUCCUCCAAAAACACCUGAUCCUGAUAAAGAGGGUGACUCUAAGGACAAUGAGAGUGACAGUGAUUACAUGUUUAUGGCUCCUGGAGCCGUUGAAAUUCUCAAAAACCCCAGAAAUCCUGAGGGAGACUUUUCCUCCAAAAGUUGGAGCUCCUGCUUCUCUCUGCCAAAUCCUUUUCAUGGCUCCCUGUUGGAACAGAGUGACCACGAGUGAUUGUAUCACCACAAAAACACAUUUUGGAAGAAAAGUGAUGCUUAUGGAGUUUGUCUACUCCAGAUCUGCCUAAAAGAAAAGAAAAUUCAGUCUUCUGAAUAGAAAGCAACCUGAAUUUCUAAAACCUACAAGUGGAUGAUGUAGCGGUUGAAUGAUCGUAACACAGAUCAUUAGUACUGUUGCCUUAUGGAAUCAGUGAUUUUUGAAUUAGGAUAUUUACUCUGUAGUUGGUCCUAGUUUUCUAGUUUCCUUCCCCAAUAUAUCUUUUUUGAAAGGAAACAAAUACUGUAAAAGAGAGCAUCUCAUAACUCCUCUCUUUACAAAAACAUUAUUUACAUAUGUAUAAAUGUGGAUUUUAUUGAUGUAUAAUACUUAAAUUUAGUUUUGAAGUUGAACAUUCUUUAAACAAGAGCAGAUAAAGAAAAGUUAUAUUCAUGAGAAGGUAGGUAGGAUCUGGAAUUUUUUUCUGUGUAGUACAUAUGGAAAGCAUUUCUUGAUCAAGGAAUUAAAUGUCAACUGAACUGUUAUCUUAAUGGGACAUUUCCAAUAUUUUAAAGGCAGUACCAAAGGGCAGAUUACCUCAUUUAUUGCCCAUUAGCAAAAAUGCGACAUUCUGUUCACAUUAAAUGUCAGCUAAAUUGAUAUCUUAGUUUAGCAUUUCCAACAUUGUAAAUGCAGAACUGAGGAACAGGUUAUCUCUUUGUUCACAUACAACACUGUGAUGUUCUGCUUACAAAUCAAUUGAACAUUUCCAAAACCAUUUUUUUUUCUAUUUUGAAACCUAUACUCGACCCCAUAAAAGAAGUUCUUCAAAAAGUCUCCUCAUAAAGCCCCUUUAUGCCUCUCUGGGCCUCCCCACUUUCACCCUUCACUUUCCCCCUAUUUUUGGCUCUUUCCUUGCCACACAUUCCCCCUCCUAUUUCCAGGGCUCUUUUAAAUAUAUCAGUUUCCCAUAUUUAAGAAAUCAGUAUGUACAUAUCAAUCAAUAUUCUAAAACUUAAACUGAAAAGAAUGCAAGGCCUUGUUUUUCUUUGGACAAUUAGCCUAUGUCAGAUGUCUCAUAUUAAAAAAAAAUCAGACCAAGCUCCCUGCUUCUGGUUUUGCUUGCCUCUGAUGGAAACUGAAGAUUUUAGGAACAUGGACCUUUGGGAACAGGACGCUAACAGGUGGUCAUCACAGAGAAUAGGUACAAAGGUCUUGAAACUUACUUAGAGCUUUGUUAGGUGGUGACACGCAAUUCAUGACUUGUACCAUCACUGGCAAACCUCAUCAGACCACAGGUGAGUAUCAGUGUCUGUAGAAGUGUGCAAGUGCUAGUGUGUGUGUGCACAUAUUUGUGUAUGCACACCCUUGUGUACCUGUGUACAUGUGAUUGUAGAUGUACCUGUUGUAACUGUUAAAAGAAUUGCUUUGCAUUUAAUGUGCAACUUUGAAAUUGGGUAAUAUUUUCCUAAAGUGUUUCACCACUAGGUUUUGAUGUCUUUGAAUGUGUACUUCUGUCUUCAAGCAGGCUUAUUAUAGUACAUGUUGCUAAACUAGUUUUUCUGAAGAACCAAGUUAACAUCUAUUAUUUCUCCUUGCCUACCAAACAAAGAGAUGGCAGGGAGGUUCUUUGUAUUUUCCUUGUGAGUGGCACUGAGAAGAGGAUGUGGCUGCAGUACCAAUAAUUACUCCAGUUACUGGUCUCUGCUAAGGCAUCAGUUUCCUCAGUUCCUUCAGACUCUUUUUUUUCCAAUGUAAUCAAAUAAUAUAGUGUGGCUUUUGUUCAUUUGGAUAACCUUGCAGUCUUUUAGGCAGCCAUUUUUCAAGCCUUCUGUCAUCAUUUUAUUUUCAAGUAUAAAGUCAUAAUCAUUCAGAAUUGUGGAAAGAAAGAUUAUUUGGGGGAAAAUGGUAUACCACUUUAUUUGCAUAUUAGGUUUAGGGGCUGCCAGCAGACAAGGUAUUGCACAAAUAUAAUACUUGCUGAAUAAAUAAAUGGUAAACCUCAUACACAACAGUACAUACAAAUAGAAAUAGGUACAAAUAGUCACAGAUACAGCAUAACAAAUAUGCAGUCUUUUGAACACUACUUCUUAGUUUACAGACACAACUAAUUUAUUCAGUAUUGUGCUGGAAGAAUCUUUUUAGAAUAUGUGUACCAACAUAUCACUUACCUUUCAGCUACUGUUAUGCUGCUGUUAAGAAAAAUCAAUGAUGAAAUUAUAUUUUUUGGUGACCUCUACAUUUAAUUUGGUAUCAGAAAUACUCACUUGGCCAGUAAAACCUAAAACUUAGUUAUAGUAGUUAAUUUCAUUUGGUAUUUCUGUUUUACAGAUCUGCUUUAAGUUGCCCUGGCUUUGUCUUCCUUUGUAAAUACUCUUAUAUUGUCUUUUCUUUGUAAACAUCUUGUUUUCAGUUUUGGGAGACAAUCUUGCAACUCUGUACAGUGUUUAUAUAUAUCAGACUUGC